AUGCCCAAACCACGAAGCAAUCGACCUCGCAAAUCAAAGUCCAAGUCGCAAGGCUCCGUCAACGCUUCGGACGAAGAAGGCUGGUAUACAAUCAGGGCGAUCCUCGACGAGCGCCUAGUGAAAGGCCGUGUAGAGUAUUUGGUCGACUGGGACGACAACAAGGAGACUGGCAAAACAUAUUUACCGACCUGGAGUCGUGAAGUUACAGAUAUUGCCAGAGACGAAUGGGAAAAGCGAAAGUCAUCACACGCGACUGAAGACAACACCCAGGAUAGCCAGCCGCCUCGACCAGCAAAUUGGCGACAGCUCCAGAGAUCGCAGACAGCUGGUCCGUCUAGUACAUCUCGUCGACGCAGGCGGUCCUCCACCGAAGACGGCACCGGUCGUCCUAGCAAGGCCUCCAGAAUCGCAUUCAGUGCCACUCCAUCAGAAGAACCUGUACCAUCUAUUGUAUCAAUAUCAUCUCCAGUCAGCGCAGACGAUCCUGACGGCUUCGACUAUUUCUCACAAAGGGAGCUUGACGCCCAGCAACCCCAGCAGCUGAUUGUCGAAUUGCAGAAGAAGUCUGACUUCGAUCCGUCAGACUACGCUACACAGGAAAAUACUCAAAGUAGCGGCCAGUCGUCCCAGUCUAUCGCCGAACUAGAGGAACAAGACGAACGCAAUUUGCUUACUUCUCAACUGACCAGGCAGACUAUCCCUGAUUCGCAGGAACCCUCUGGGCAGAUUUGGAGCCAGGAUCAGCAACCUACCGACUUUGCACUGUCUUCACAGGCUGAAUGGUCCGAGGCUCAAAGCCAGCCGCCUUUUGAGUCUCAGUUUCCAGUUUCUGUUGAUCAACAUCCAGACGAUUUCAGUGGAGAACGGGAUUCUCGCAACUCUAUAGGCGGAGACUGCCAUUUGUCGGAGCGUUCUGACGUUGCUGAUAUCCCCUCUCACCAGCUCGGUCAGGUGGCAUCACCAAGUACUGCUAGUCAAGACUUCAAUCUCACAACUCCGGCGACAAAACCACAUUCCGCCCAAUCGAACAGCGAUCAAGACUUCGAGGCCGUCCCUGCGACUAGUCCAGUGUUCUUUUCACAAGUGGGCCCCGCUGCUUUGUUCCACUUGCCAGAGAGUUCCGUCUCUGGCGGCAGUCAACUAUCGCCUAUUAAAAGUGCAGUUGCAGAGACUCCAUCAGAACCAAAGCAGGACUCGGCUAGCACCUGGGGUCUAGCCACCAAUUUUGCCCCCGAAUCUCAAGACGCUCAGAUCUUCCAGAUCAAUCCCUUUAUAUCACAUGUAGAAGCCUUUUCAGAUAGUCACGAAACGACCAACGCACCACUCACAUUACACCCUAACGCAUCACACACUGUGUCACAGCAUUCGGAGCCCCUUUUCACAAUGGAAGGUCAGGAUGCAAGUGAUCCUGUGAACCAAACGCCGCAGCCAUCAGCUGUUGAUGAACUGAGCCAAAUUUUCAAUCUGGACAAUGUCAUGGCUGAAGGAACUUCUUCAAAUCCUCCUGAGUCAGGCGAACUGCCUCGAGAAUCUGAAACUUCUGCUGCCAGUCCAGGAUUUCGAGGACAUCAGGAGCAACAUGAGCCCCCAGCCACUGAACAUGAACCCGCUGGCCUUCAAAGUGAGCAAACAAAAUCUAAUCAUGUCUCUUUCUCCCGGGACUCUGCUGUGGCUGCUAUGAAGAACAUCGUUAACGCGGUUUUCGCAAAUCCAGAUCCAGACUUACCAGCCUCCGGUACCAUGAUGCCCGACACGGGACACAACCCUGACCUGGGUACGGUGUCUUUGGCAGACAUCUCCAAACAGCCAGAUCUUACUGCUCACGCCCUACCUUUAAUGCCUUCACUACUUCCCCAUGAUAGGCUUUCCUCUGCCCCAGUGGACAGCUCUGGUGUGUCUGUACCUGGAGGACAGCCUCAGCAAGAGGAAGAUUCAGACGACUCGAGUGAUGGAUCUCAGGAACCUAUUACACUAAAGCACAUUAUCACCUUACCGUUCCAGGCUAGUCUGAGACCGUUAUACGAUGAUACCCUGCUUGAAUCAAAGCGGGAAGUGACUCAAUUUGGCGCCAUAUUCAAUAGCGAAGAAUAUGUUGAGCCAGAUAAGACUCUUGUCCAGAAGAUAGAUCAACUUUUCAGUCGACUACACAACAUUUGCGAUUACCCACCUGAUGCGGUAGGCAGCGUACUCGAAAAUCUUCCUUCAGAUCAGCUCAUCAAAUAUUGCUGCGAUGCAAAUCCCAAGUUCAAUUUUAUAUAUGAGAUAUUGCAGGGCCUAAUCAAAGAGACCCGCGUCCUGAUUGUCGCAAGGUCUACCGAUUUAUUAAACCUGCUCUAUCGUCUAACGGAGGCUUUGCAGAUUGAGUGCGUGUGUGACGAGAUGGGCAAGUCCAAGAGCGAGUAUGCCUCGUCUAUAGCUAGAGUCACUCUCAUCCUUCCUGGACAGAAUGUCGAAGAAGACGAUUUUGAUCUCGUGAUUGGAUACGAUCAUUCUUUCGGCGGCUCGGAGAUUGGGAAGAAGUUGGAGCCAGAGAUCCCAGAGGCUAGAUCGCCAUUGGUGUUGAUUUUGGUCACUACGCACUCUAUUGAGCAUAUCGACCUUUACAUUUCUGAUGAAUUGUCGCCACUAGAGAGAAAGAAUGCGCUCCUAUCUGGGAUCGUACGAUCGCGACAGCUUGUGAGCGACCCUGAUCGUGGAUAUCCAGAGCCUCAUGAGCUUGCUAGCCUGUUCCUCGACUACUUGAAUGGUCAGGUAGAGGGUGUCAUUUGGGAGCCUAUACCAGUACCCGAAGAAGUGAUGGACAUUUACCUAAGUUCCCAGUCGCGGUCACAAAUGCCCAUACAAGGCACCCCAGAGCCAGAAAAUGCUCGAAAGCGGAAACUUGAUGAUUCUGAUGACGAAGAUGUAAAGCGAAUGCGCAUGUUAACACAUCAGCGAUCGACGGUGCAGACCAACGAGGCACCUGUACCGGAUGAUGUGAAGGCGCUGCUCGACUCUGUGAAUCUUGAAGAGACGGCUAUUAAGUCGUCUCGUGUUCAUAUCAGUGUGCCGGUGGCCGUCUUGCAAGCCCUGGCAGAGCAGAAUGCGGAGCUCAAGCGACAGCUGGAAGCAUCUGACAGAGAUGCAGAGUACAAGGGUCUCAUUGCGAGUUUAGAGACUCGUCUGAAGGAAUAUGGGAGAACAACAGAAAAGGUCUACUCAUCCCAACGAGCUGCACUAGAGGACCGGGCCACGUUCGAGCGAGAAACUCGCAAAGCCGAGGCAAACCUCCUUCAAGCCAAUGAGACAGCUCACCGAGAGUCAGAAAAAGCCCAAAAGAAGAUUGCUGACCUUGAAGGAACAGUUGUUCGCUUAACAACCGACCCCUCCAACCCGGAAGAACCAUCGCCCCUAUCUAAAACCCAAGCUCUCUUGCAGGAAUCCCAAGAAAAGAUCCUCCUACUCGAAAAGCGUCUUGAAAACGCCCACAAGGACGCAGACUACGCUCGCAGUCUCUACCAAGACGCAACAACUACAUCCAGCGCACUGCGCGGCGAAAACACCGAUCUCAAGGAACAAGUUUCCGAUCUUUCUAAGAAGACUGAAGAAACACUGGGUAAUAUCCACCGAAUUCAGGCUGAGAAUACAACAAAAUCACAUCUCCGUCAGAUUCGAGACCUGAAGACACAACUCCGCGAGCGGGAGAUUGAGCUAGAUUGCACAAAGGAGGAGCUGCGAACGUUGAAGAACGGUCGUAGGGAAACUCGACAGGUUAGCGUGCCGCGGAGUCCGAGAAUGGGCAUGAUGAGUCCCCGGACAGGGAGGGCAAAUUAUGGGAGUGCAGGCGGCUCAACUAGUAGAGGGACUAGUCCUGCUCCUACGAGUGGUGAUGUCGCAGGGAGUGUGGUUGCGGGGAUGCAGUUUUUGGGACAGCCGCCUAAUGGGAGGUGGAAUCAUCUUCGGGACUAA